AUGGGGUUAAUUUGGCUAGCUGGGGGUAGUCCUGCGCAGGGUGUUGAAGAGAAGCCCGGUCAAAUGGGCGUCUUCAUCUCCUCGAUGAAGACCAAUACAGUGAGACACUCGGUCAUUGGGGAUAUCGACAAGCAGACUCAGGCAACGCUGGCAGGAGGCGGGUGGUUCAUGGAGUUUGGAAGAUAA